AUGAGUCGGGGCGCUGACGCCGGCAGCGGCGGCGGGGAGGCCGCGGCGCGGGCCGGGGCGCGCAGUCCCGCCGAGGAUGGCUUCGCCCCGUCCGCUCUGGGGACCCGAGAGCAUUGGGAUGCUGUCUAUGAGCGAGAACUACAGACUUUCCAGGAAUGUGGGGAUACAGGAGAAAUCUGGUUCGGAGAAGAGAGCAUGACUCGACUGCUGAGGUGGAUGCAGAAACAGAAGGUUCCAUUGGACGCCUCAGUGCUGGACAUUGGAACUGGAAAUGGUGUUUUCCUGGUUGAACUUGCAAAAUUUGGUUUCAGUAAUAUUACUGGAAUUGAUUACUCUCCCUCGGCAAUUCAGCUUUCUGGAAAUAUCCUAGAGAAAGAAGGGUUAUUUAACAUUAAAUUAAAGGUGGAAGACUUUUUGAAUCUUUCCACAAAGCUGUCUGGAUUUCAAAUUUGUAUUGACAAAGGGACGUUUGAUGCCAUAAGCCUUAAUCCUGACAAUGCGGUUGACAAGAGGAAGCAAUAUGUGAACUCCCUCUCCAGAGUGUUAGAAGCUAAAGGCUUUUUCCUAAUAACCUCAUGUAACUGGACCAAGGAAGAGCUGCUCCGUGAAUUCAGCGAAGGAUUUGAACUUGUUGAAGAACUGCCAACCCCCACCUUCAGCUUUGGUGGCCGAUCUGGAAACACUGUAGCUGCAUUGGUUUUCCAAAAAUCCUGAUCCUUUCCUGGGAACAGAUUCAGGUAGCUUUUUAAGAAGCAACAAAGCAAAAAUAAACCUGACAGAAAAUGCAAUCAUUAAUAAGGUUCAAUAAGUACCAGUGACUCGCAUGUUGAAUAGGUAUAAUGAGUUGGUAGAAAAAAAAAGAAAGAAAAAUCUAUGAUCAUGUAAGUCAUUGAUUUUUAGAGGCCAACGAUUUUUAGUUUUGUAUUUGAGAUGUAAAUAUUUUCUCUGAUUUGAAAACUUUAAGAUAGCAAAUGAAUUAACAGAGAGUAUGUGUUUUUGAUUUUUGUGGUUGGUAAAAGUGAGUUGACUGUGGCUGGUUCUGAAAAUGUGAUCAGACUAUUCCAGAGCCAUAUAACAUGCACAGGGACUCUGUUCGUAUUUACUAGUCUGUUUAUGAAACAGAACAAGACAUAGUGUUUUGGUUGAGUAGAGGUUUUUUAAAGAUUACUUUAUAACUAGGAAAACUCCUUUGGUCUUCAUGUAUACAAUUAAACAAAAUCAAAGAAAUAUAUCAGCUGAUGAAGCAUUGUUUGUUGAGCCUGUAUUUUUUAAUGAAUGGAUUCUCUACACAAUAACUGAUAUGAGGAGAAAAAAGAUUAAGGGAUAUUAAGGGAUAGCACAAUGUAAAGUUAUAUGAGAACACUUGAAGUUUGUGAAAAAAUGGAACAGAAAGAUGGGUGCAAGAAUUUUGAAGUCUGUGCGUAGCAUCCCCCGUGAGCUUGUGUCCACUUCAUUGAUCCUUCCCAAUAUCUUUUAGAUAUUUUCAUAAAUUGUUAUUUUCUAAUAUCUUUA